AUGGGGAUUGUGAUCCAAUCCUCCGUCCCUCUUGGAAUUUUCAAGAGCUGUGGAUUUGAUAAUGCAUGCCUCAUUAUAUGUAUAAAAGCUGCAUAUCUCUGUGGAUUUGAUGGUGCAUAUCUGAGCCUAUGUAUAAAUGAUGCAAACUUAAUGCUGGUUGCUGCUCUCGACCUGUUCACGAAUAUGAGUGAUUUGGCUUUGCUUAUCUCCGUUUCUCACAGUGUUGAGAUUCUCUAUUCAAGCGUUAAUGUUGAUAAUGCAUCAAAAUCAACUGUGCAGGAGGUUGGAUGCAACCAUGCUCAAGGUGUUGGCUUUUCAACUGAUGGAUUUGCAACUACACUUACCAUGAGAAAAUUGCAUCUCAUAUGGGUGACUGCUCGUAUGCACAUUGAGAUCUAUAAGUACCCUGCCUGGAGUGACAUGCUUGAAAUAGAGACAUGGUGCCAAAGCGAAGGAAGGAUUGGUACCAGACGUGAUUGGAUUCUCAAAGAUUACGCCACUGGUGAAGUCAUUGGAAGGGCUACCAGCAAGUGGGUGAUGAUGAACCAAGAUACAAGACGGCUUCAGAAAGUUACUGAUGAUAUUCGUGAUGAAUAUCUAAUUUAUUGUCCCAAGACACUAAGAUUAGCAUUUCCUGAAGAGAAUAAUGCUAGCCUGAAGAAAAUAGCAAAACUAGAGGACCCGGUGCAGUUCUCUAAAAUUGGGCUUGUGCCAAGACGAGCUGAUCUGGACAUGAAUCAGCAUGUAAACAAUGUCACAUACAUUGGAUGGGUCCUGGAGAGUAUGCCUCAAGAGAUCAUCAACACUCAUGAACUGCAGACCAUAACUUUAGAUUAUAGACGUGAAUGUCAGCACGAUGAUGUGGUCGAUUCCUUGACAAGUCCUGAGCCGUUAAUGGAUGACACUAUUUUAGAGCUUGAGGGGACUAAUGGAUCUGCUGCUGCUGGGAAAGAUGAAAACGACUGCCUUCAGUUUCUGCAUCUCUUGAGAUUAUCAGAUGGCUCUGAAAUAAAUCGUGGACGCACUGAGUGGAGAAAGAAACCUGCAACGAGAUGAGCUUUAUAACUAAUCUCGAAUCUCUAUACAUCUUUUAGCAGUCUAGUCUUAUCAUUUGGAGACAUUUUUUAUUUCUUCUUUAUUUGGUGCUCCCAGUGGCUUUUGCUUGAAAUUUAAGUAUUCAUAAGGAAACAAGAGGAUUGAUUCAGUGACCUUUAAUUGUGCAUUUAGUUUGUACUGAGUUAAGGAAGUUUAUCGUGAGAUCUCCAUUAAAUGUAUCUUUCUCCAAGUGUUCUAGUCGCAUUACAUGCAAA